GCCUUCCGAUGAAGGAAGUUAGCUGGAGCUAAUCAUCGACCUCCGUCAGUGACUAGCUUUUUUUGGCUAGCUACUGUAAGUUGGUCACCUUGACUGUCAUCACAAUGGGAGUAAAAGACCGUCCUCAAUGUUACUUUGAUGUGGAACUCAACCGGGAGCCAGUUGGGCGCAUCGUCUUUCAGCUUUUCUCAGAUAUUUGUCCCAGGACAAGCAAAAACUUUCUCUGUUUGUGCACUGGUGAGAAGGGAACAGGGAAAGUCACAGGGAAAGAGCUGUGCUACAAAGGCUCCACUUUUCACAGGGUUGUGAAAAACUUCAUGAUACAAGGAGGCGACUUCACAGAAGGAAAUGGAAGAGGGGGAGAAUCCAUAUACGGUGGCUAUUUUGAAGAUGAGAAUUUCAUUCUCAAACAUGACAGACCCUUCCUGUUGUCGAUGGCCAAUCGUGGGAAGAACACCAACGGUUCACAGUUUUUCGUCACAACUAAGAUGGCGCCACACCUUGAUGGCGUCGAUGUCGUCUUUGGCCACGUCAUCUCCGGCUUUGAGGUGAUAAAGAAGAUCGAGAGGCUGAAGACUGACUCCUCAAGCAGACCAUACGCUGACGUGAGAGUGGUGGACUGUGGACAGCUGAUCACAAAGUCCGCCAACGAUGUGCUUGAAGGCAAGCGGAAAAGAGCCUCCCUUAACUCAGACGACUCGUCCUCCCACUCGUCAGUGGAGUCUGAAGGUGAAUCAGAACAAAAUCUCAAACAUCAAAAGAACAAAAAACAUGCAAAAGUUAAACAGUCUAAAAAGAAAAGAAAAGUGGGGAAAAAGAAGAUAAAUAUUCUUCCUUCUGAGCAAAGCUCUCCAGGACCUGCAGAGAAAGAGAUGGAAAAUAAUGAAGCUGAAGAGGAGAAGGAGCCGGGUGGGAAGAGGGAGAAGCCUGUCGUGCGACCGGAGGAAAUCCCACCUGUGCCAGAGAACCGCUUCCUGCUGCGACGGGACAUGCCCUCUCAGGAAAUUAAAGCUGACGUGUCCGUAAUCAAAGAUACCAUCACUUUUGAGAAAGAAAAAUCUACUCUUUCAGCUGACCAGAAACCAGCCGUAUCGAAGUCUGGACGGAAAAUCAGAGGCAGAGGCACAAUUAGAUAUCACACACCCACAAGAUCUAAGUCACGUUCUGCAUCUGUUGAGGAGCGUGGAAGCAGCGAAACUCCGCCACAUUGGAAAGAAGAAAUGAAGAGGACCAAAAAUUAUCAACCUCCGAGCACAGAGAGGUGGAGCAAAGGAGACAAACUGAACGAUCAUUCAAGCAGAUGGGAGGACAGAAGCAACUCGGCACGGUCCCAGUCAGGAGUGCGCUCCUCAGACCACAGCUGUGAGAGGUCCAGCCUGCACCAUCAGAAGAAAAAGGAGAAGAAGAAAGCCAAACACAAGAAGAAGAGCAAAAAACAGAAACAUGGCAAGAAGAAGAGCUCUAAGAACAAACCUCAGGAGCAUUUUAUGUCAGAAGGUGAAAGGUCAGCAUCUUCAGAGAGGAAGUCUGGAAGAUCCCGUUCUCCGACUCGCUCUCCAAGUCUGCAUCACGCCCGGAAAAGGCAGAGAUCCUCGCCGUCCAACUCCAGGUCCUACACAAGCAGCCGAUCCAGAUCUCGAGGAAGGUACAGGUCCUAUUCAAGAUCCAGAAGCCUCUCUAGGUCGAGAAGUCGAUCUUUAUCUAGAUUCAGAUCGCCAUCCUUUUCUCGGUCUCGAUCAAGAAACAGAUCCAGGUGUAAGUCCAGAUCAAGAUCCAGAUCCACCUCAACUUCUAGAUCUGAGUCUAGAAAAAGGAGCCAAACCAGAUCUCCAAAGAAGAGGAAAAUUGCCAAGCCCAAACAAGAUGUCACAGCGAAUGUGAAGCUCCCAGAAAAGAAAAUCACUAUUGUCCCCAAACUGCCAACAGUCCCAGAACCUGAAAGAAUCCCUGUCAUCCCACUGAGUGACAGUCCUCCUCCGUCUCGCUGGAAACCAGGACAAAAACCCUGGAAGCCCUCCUACAUUCAUAUCCAAGAAAUCAAAGCUAAAGUAGCGCCCACUAAGCCUGCUGCUGUUGCACCGGUAGUGAAAAUCAUCACAGAAAAAGCUUCAGUUACACAGAAAUCUGUACCAGAGGGCUCUCAGGACCACAAAGCGCACAAACCUGCACAUCGUUCGCGCAGCAGGUCGUCCAGAAGCAAGUCCUACAGUCGCUCCAGGAGCAAAAGCUCUAGUAGGUCCAGGUCAAGAUCAUCUCACAGGGACAAGAGCAGAUCAUCGUCCCACAACAGAUCAGAAUCUGUAGUUGACCAGAAGACAAGUAGCAAAAAGGAGGAGUCACUGGACAAGGAAUGGAAUGAGUAUUACAGCUCCCUGAAUAGGAUAAAAAAUUUAGACAAGUUUGUGUCUCUUAGUAAUAGUGGAGACGGUCUCACAGAGUUGGAGAAGGGAUCAGGCAGUGAGAUGAGUCAUGAUGUCAUCGGCUCUUUAGAGACAAUAAAAGACAGAGGCAACUCGCAGGAUCCUGAGACGAUAUACUCCAACCCACUGCUAACAGAGAGCUUUAAUAGCUGGUCUGAACUGGAUAGUGACAGUGAACAGGUGAGCCAAAGCACUGGUACUGUCCCAGUAAAAAUGCAGAAACAAGAUGUUCAGUCCAAUGAAGUUCCAGACAAGAAGUUGUCCUCUCUCACUGGAUGGAAUUCAGACAGCGACUCUGAGAAAAUAACCAGCAGGACAGUAACAAUAUACGAAAAAGAGGAAGGAGAGGCUAGUUCCGAAUCAGAUAACGAGACUUUAAAAAAGACAUUGGAAGCAUCUUCAGCAUAUAAGAUUGCUGCUGCAGCUGCUCCAUCUUCCUCCUCUUCUUCAGGUCAGACAUUAGGAAGUCCCGAGAAGGUUGUAGAGCCAGAAAAGCACAAGAGUAAGAAGAAAGCCAAACGGAAGCAUAAACACAAGAGGAGAAGCGAAAAUAAGGCCAAUUCUCAUCACGGUAAGGUCAAGGCUAAGAAAUCCAAGAGAAAACAUCAGAAGCUGAAGGAGACGUUUCACUGGCAGCCUCCUUUGGAGUUUGAAGAAGAGGAAGAGGAGGAAUCUAAAGUGGAGAGACUUAGUCCUGUUAAAGAAAAUUAUGUUAAGGAGACGAGCAAAAAGGAUUCAUAUCCCCCUAAAGAAGAAGAAAGGAGGCAGCAGAGAUUAAAAGAAGGCAGCAACAAAAACACCAAACACUCUGAGCCUCGCCAACAUUCAUCCAACAGUAACAGUGCAAACAGCUCUCACUUGUCCAGAGUCAAGGUGCCAGAGAUACUCGAAGAUAUGGUAAUUUGUACUCCGGAGCACUGUGUUGAUGUUAUUGAAACUCCAUUUGCACAGGAUCUUUACAGCAACACUUCUGGAUUCACCUUAAAAUCUACCUCGGAGUCGUCAGAAAUGGCCGGCAGUCACGGCACUUUGCUUCAGAGCAAAGAAAAUCCAGCUGCUUCUUCCACAAGAGCUGUCGGACAGAAAGACGAAGCAACCAAGGCUGUAAUAAAUUUCAAAUGGAAGCCACUGAAAGGAAUGUCCGCUCCACAGAACCUGCACUUUCCACCCGUCGCUGUGAAGAACGCCCAAACUCAACAGAGCCAGAUGCACAACGCGCGUGGAGUGAGAAUGGAGAUAAAGAGCAAGAGCCGAGUCCGACCGGGCUCUCUGUUCGAUGAGGUUCGUAAGACCGCAAAGCUCCACCAGAGGCCUAGGAACCAGGAGAGCUCGAGCGAAGAAAAGUCUCCUUCUGUGGGGAAGACGUCUCGCACGCUCUCCCCAAAGAAGUCCGGGUCUCUGCCAAGGAAGUCCCGCUCAGCGUCCAGUCAGGGGUCACGCUCCAGAGAGUCGUCCCACUCCUACAGCAGGUCCAGAAGCCGAUCCCGCAGCUCUACCUACUCCUCCAGAAGCCGCAGCAGAAGUCGAAGGAGACAUCGGAGAAGAUCUCGUUCUCGCAGCAGCACGUAUCACAGCUACAGGAGCAACAGUCGCACGUACAGUAGAAGCCCAUCGAGAAGCCACUCGUAUAAUCACCAUCGAAGGUCGAGGUCCGACUCUGACGACAGCUACUCGAGUCGGAGCGUGAGCAGGAGGCGAGGGCGCAGACGGAGUGACAGCUACAGGAGCUCCGAGCGGCGAUCCCGGUCGUACCGCUCGUCCAGUCGCAGUGUUUCCAGGCGCAGGAGGCGCAGUCGCAGCAGUGGGUACAGCUGAGCUGCAGCUCUGAGAGGAGCGGUCUGCCCCCAACAUAAAUCGGCAGCUACAGCGCCAAGAUUUUUACCAAUUCAAUACUGUACUGUGUCUUUUAAGCUGUAGGAAAAGGCAUCAAACACUGUAGAAUGUAAAAUAAUACAAACUUUAUUA